AUGGAGGGUUUGGCAGUUAAACGCAGACGGGUUUACUCUGUGGAACCAAACAGAAUAGCCGAAGCAGCGUUUGCGAGGAAGUACGUGAGCUAUCUAGUUCCAGCCUUGACGAAGAUGAAGGAAAGCACUGAGAGUGAUUCAGUCAAGAAGGCUGUGAAGUACGAAGUGGACAUGGCUCUGGUUUUGUCAGCUCAGGGUUCUGCAUGGAGCCACGCCCUAAAACUCAGUCUCCAGCAACAAAACGUCGUCCUCAAUAAUGGAGCACUGUCUUCUUCUUCCUCAUCAGCAUCAACCACAACCAAGAAAGCCGCCAUGGUGAACGAGUGUGAUCAGAAUCUGAGGAUGGCAGCGGCUGCAGACCACGACGGAGAAGAUGGCGGCGGCGGUGAGGAGAAGGAGGCGAUGAGGAGGCUAAGAAGAUUGGUCCCAGGAGGAGAAGAGAUAUGCAAUGACCAAGAAAUGCUUGCAGAGUUGAAGAGUUAUGUCAGGUGUCUGCAAAUGCAGGUCAAUAUUCUGCAGUGUCUGGCCCAGUCUCAUUCAUUUUAA